AGGUGGCUGAUUUUGAUGGGAAAAGUUGCCUGAUCUACAGAUUCAAUCAAAAAUCUAUGAGUGCACUCAAAGAUGUCAUUUCUCUGAAGUUUAAAACAAUGCAAAGCUAUGGGAUUCUACUGCACAGAGAAGGACAGAAUGGAGAUCACAUUACACUGGAAUUAGUGAAAGGAAAACUUUCUUUAUUCAUUCAUUUAGGUGAUGGUAAAAUUCAUUCUGCUAAUGACCAAAUUAAUAUUACUCUGGGCAGCCUUUUGGAUGAUCAGCACUGGCAUUCUGUCCUUAUUGAACACUUUAACAAUCAAAUAAACUUUACAGUGGAUAAACACAGCCAUCAUUUUCAUGCAAAAGGGGAAUUCAAUUAUUUGGACCUUGAUUAUGAGCUCAGCUUUGGAGGGAUCCCAGCGCCUGGAAAAUCAGGGACAUUAUCACGCAAGAACUUUCACGGGUGUUUUGAAAACCUUUAUUACAAUGGAGUAAACAUUAUUGAUUUGGCCAAGAGACAUAAACCUCAGAUCUACAUUAUGGUAAGAGAUUCCUACUAAAUCAAGAAAUUCAUGCUACAAUAUGGCUGUUUCCAUGUGAAUUUCAUC